AUGUUAGAACUCAAAGAAUUUGAUUUGAUGUCAAUAACAGAAAAGGAAACUGGAAGUGAGUGUGUUACUUAAAGAUUGUAUUAAAAUGAAAAAGAUUAAUUCAGAGAAUGUGUGGUCAAAUUCGAAAGUCUAAUAUUCACAUUUAUAUAGAUGAUUGUAGGGUAAAUUUGUUAUCUAAGUGUUUGUGUUUAGAAUAAUAAUCCUAAGAUGAAUGAGUAUAAUUUAUUUAAAUGUUUAAAAUAAAAAAUUAAAACAAGUCCGAAUUAGAUUGAUAAAUAAAAAAAUAAAAUGAAAAAGCAAGCUAAAUCAAGGAGUCCUGAUUAAUAUAUUGAAUAAUUUCUAAAGAAUCAAUAAAAAGUAGAGGAAGAUGAGUUUUAAACAUUAGAGUUAACAAGAAUGACCUCACUUAACAAAAUUAAUACUGACGGCUAAAACUUUUAUAUAAAUAUUUUGCAUGGUAAUUAAGAAAUGACAAUAAAUCUUUCUUAAUAUUUACAUGAAUAGGUAAGCUUAUAAAUAUAAUUUAGUAUGCUUUGAAUCAUUCCUUCAAAAAUUACCCUCCAGAAUAAUAUUAUGGUAAUUGUGAAUACAAAUUAAAAAUUAUUAAGGUUGAUUAAUGCAAAAUGGAACACAGAACCACUUAAAUGUAAUUUAGGUAUAUUGAUUAAUAAAUUAAAUAAAUAGAUUAGAUGAGGGAAAAGGUAUUGCAUAUUAUAGAGUUGGUGUAGAGGAUGAUGGAACUCCAACUGGCAUAAAUUUAGAUGAAAUGUUGGUAUCAAUUUAAUGGCUAAUUAAAUUUGCAAAUAAUAACAAAGCGGAAAUAAUAUUAUAGAAGAUGCAUUAAGGAAGAACCAAUUCAUAAAAGAUAGCAGAAUUCAUGGUUAGAAGAAGGCUCUAAGACUCAAUUAAGACUGAUAUUAGAAUAGUGAUGUUGGGAUAGGUGAACUCUGGUAAGUCCUCUUUAAUUGGGAUGAUCACAACAGGUAAAUCAAAUAUUGGAAGACAAUAAUUUGGCAAAUUAUUUAGAUAGGUUGUCGGAUUUGAUAGCAAAGGCAAAGUUGUGAAUAAACUCAAUCUGUUAGGAUAAGAAAAAGAAGAUGAAUAUGUUUUUGAAAAUGCUACAAAAAUCAUAACUUUUAUUGAUCUAAAGGAAAGUCAACAUUAUAAUAAUAAUGAAGCAAUGUAAAAUAUUUAAUCUCAAUUUCCUAAUUACUUUCUGUUGGUUAUAAAUGCUAUUUAGUAAUUAGGAGCAGAAUUUAUUUAAUAAUUAAAAUUAACAUUAUCUUAAUAGAUUCCGAUUUUCAUUGUGGUUACUCAUGCUGAUAAAUUGAAAGAUGAUUAUGAAUUAGAAAUACUAUUGUUUAAUAUUAGAUAAAAGGUAAAGUAGCAUAUCAUCAAAACAAUUCCUAUUAUUUUAGUCAGAUCGACUGAAGAUGUUAUGUUAUUUAGUAAAUAAAUAAUAGAUUAGUAUGAAAAGGAAACUGUCAUACCAGUUUUUAUUCUAUCCAAUUUAGAAUAUAAAACCCAUAACUUGUUUCUAUAAUUUUUGAAUCAAUUACCUUUAAGAAAUGAAUUUACCAAUAAUAAUACUCAACCAGUUGAAUUUGGUAUUCAUUAAACCUUUGAAAUUGCUCUGAAUAAAUAAAUCAAUGAUGAAUAACCAACAAUUGAAUCUGAAAGCUUCACUGUUGAAGAUGUAAAUAUUUUUAAUUAAAUUUAGUUAACUUUAAGAUCCAACAAAGGAUUAAUUCAAGUACAAGAUAGGAAAUUAUUAAUCUUAGGAGGAACUGUAACAAAAGGCAUCAUAAAAAAAGGGUAAUCUUUAUUGAUGGGCCCAGAUAAAAUGGGAAACUUUUAUCCUGUUUAAGUUUAAAAUCUGUAAUCUAAUAGAGUUAAAGUGAAGUCAGCUUUAAGUGGUCAACUGUGUACAGUCUAAUUUUCACUUGUCAAUUCUUAUGUAAAAAACUUUGGAACUGUUGAAAAUCCAAUAAGAAGAGGAAUGGUUUUGGUUGAUUCUAAGCUUAAACCUAAUAGUUACACGAUUUUCAUUGUUAAUUUAUAAUUUUUUUCAGCAGGGUGGAAACAAUUUCAAUAAUAAUAAUAAUAGUAAGAGUUGAUAUCUUUGAAUCAAACUUAAUACUUAAAUGCUUCUAAUGAAAAGAUAAGUUUAUCCUAAUCUCAUGAAUUAUUAGUUCAUACACCAUAUUCCAAGUAAGUAGAUAUUAAAUUAGAUAAAUUUGCUUAAUUUUGGAAAAUCUGCAUCAAAAUCCCUUUAUGUUGGUUAAACAACCUAAUUUGUCAAGAUAACCUUCAAGAUCUGUUGAGGGUAAACUUGCUUCGUCAUCCUCAAAGUAUCUUUAAAAAAGUAAAUCAAAAAGAGAGAAAGUUUAAUAAAGUAUUGUCAUGUAUAAACUAUUUAGAAACAAAUGUAUUUGAAAUUAAAUCUGGUGAAACACUAUCCUUAAAAUUGAGAUUUAAAUAUUAAAGUGAAUAUUUGACAUAAGGUAUGAAAAUAGUUAUUAUGGAAUAAAAAUUUUCUGCUUUUGGACAUGUGGUAUCGAUGGAAAUUUGA